CAAAAAUUCGUCGCUCUUUUUACAACGAAACGAAAGAAGAAACUUCGGCUCAGGUACAAUUUCGGGUGCUGAGAUCCACGUGCAUCGAUCUUAGAUCUCCCAUCCGAUCGUCAUGAUUGGACCCGACGCUAGUGGCUAGGCUUUUGCUAUACCACAGCUGCACACUCGGUUUCUCGUUCAUUCAGACUUCGAACCUAGUAAAAAGACGAGAACACGAAAUGGAACUUCUCGGAGUAAAGUUUGCUCCGUUAAACACACCGCUUGAGAGGCGUCUUCAGACGCUGGCCGCCGCUGCAUGGAUUAUGAUGCUGGUGUUUGGCGGAUUCACGGGUUGUAUAAUAACCGCGUUGCUGCUGAUUUACACUAGUGUGGUGCGAUACUUCAUCCUCGUCUAUCUUGCCUGGGUCUUCUUCAUCGAUCGAGAAGCGUGCGAGAGAGGCGGCCGGAGCGAUUCGUGGAUUCUCUGGAUGCGGAACCACGCUUGGUGGCACUAUUUCUGCGCAUACUUUCCCAUAAAGUUAGUUAAAACCGCGGACUUGGAUCCGUCCAAGAAUUAUCUUCUGUGUACCUUUCCUCACGGCGUCUUGUGCACCGGAGCUUUCGGAGCUUUCGCCACCGAUGUUCUUGGCUUCCAUAAAUUGUACCCAGGAAUUCGAGUCCGGAUGCUGACUCUGGGUCAACAUUUCAACAUGCCGCUCUUCAGGGAGUUCGUUUACAGCUUUGGCGCUUGCAGCGCGAGUGCCAGAAGCAUAGAACAUUUGGUCUCCGUACCCGGAGGCGGCAGAGCCACUGUUCUGGCCGUUGGCGGUGCCUCCGAGUCACUCAAGUGCAAGCCUGGCACUUAUCGGAUAAUAUUGAAGCGACGAAAGGGGUUCGUUAGGAUCGCACUGAAGCACGGAGCACCUUUGGUCCCGGUGUUUUCAUUCGGAGAAACGGACCUCUAUAGUCAAGUCGAUAAUCCCGAAGGAUCUUUACUGAGGUACCUGCAAGAGGUGCUGAGAAAAUACACGGGGAUCGCACCUGUUUUACCGAUCGGCCGAGGUCUUUUUCAAUAUUCAUUCGGUAUCGUGCCUCGGAGGAGGCCGGUCACGGUAGUAGUCGGAGCAGCGUUGGAGGUGCCGAAAAUCAGUGAACCAACGCGCGAGCAGAUAGACGAGUACCAGAAAAAGUUUAUUGAAAAAUUGGUCGAACUUUUCGAAACGCACAAACAUCAUUACUUGCCAAAUCCGGAAGAUACUCAUUUAAUAAUAGAUUGAGCCGACUGAGGAAAAUUUUUUGUAUUAUACGUAGAGAUACGAUAUGGUAUAUUAUUAAGUUAUCCGCGAUAAAAAUUGUCGUAAUUUAUUAUCCACACUGAUGAGAACCGUUCGUUUCAAUCUGGAAAAAUAUGCUGGACAUGUAACGGCGUCGACAGUGGAACUGUAUUAUGACGUAAUCGUAAGAGACCAAAAAUUGCUACGUCUUGUGAGCAAAGAAACAUAUUCGAUCGAUAAGGAUCGAAAAGAUCAUCGCGCUUUUGGCGCAACGUAUUCAAAAGUAGAUUAUUUUUCACAUAAUAUGCAAACGCUGGAUCCCAGAUAUAGAUUUAUUGAAUAUUUGUAUAUUACCGUAAGUUGUAAUUAUAUAAAAAAUGAUCGAGGAUCUGGGGAUGAAAAAUUCAAUUUAGCAAUGAUAAUUUAGGAGCAGAUAACGUGAGGGUUAUCAGCCAAAUUAAAAUUUAUAGUAUAUAACAGAAUUUCAGAAAAUUUUUUCACGAAUUUAAAGCAAUCUCCUGAUGUACUUGAGUGAUGAAAAUUGAACUUUGUCGUGUUCAAGUCAGGUAUUCGUAUAUAUUAUUUAGUUUAUAAUCUAGAGUGGUGCCAUAUGGAUGAAAUCACUGUAAUCACUGUUCGUAAAUGAUGAUAUGUCGAUUUACCAUUUCACGUUUCCACAAAUUGCUAUGGAAAAUCGCGCAUCACACGCGCUGUACAUUGUUAUAACAGUUUUAUACGUGCAAGAAGCGUAAAUUAAUUUAGGAAUACAAACGAGUGAGCCAUA